GAUUGAAAUAGAAGUGGGCGUGGCAGCUGCUCUGUUCUGUUGCCACAAAAGUGCAAUAGAAAUCGACAUUGCAAACGGAAUCGGAAUCGAAAUCAACAAGCUCAAGUGCCCAGUUCCACACUGAGUGACUGGAGUGACUUGACUCAACUGGACUGGACUGGACUGGAUUGGAUUGGUCUGAACUAAACUAGACUGCAGGAGGAGUAGGACAACGACGACGACGAGGAAGAGGAACGUGAACGUGUAGUAGUAGGUGGUAGGUGCUCCUGCAGCUAUGAUGACGUCGACAUCGACAACAACUGGUAUGCCGUUGCCGGAGCCAGCAAUGCCAACGAUGGCAACGUCUGUCGCUGGUGGCGUAAUGUUUUCGGAUGCGGAUGUGGCGGAAGUGCGGCAUGUUGUUCAACGCAUUUUGGUGCCGUGUGUUUUUGUUAUUGGACUAUUGGGAAAUUCAGUGAGCAUUUAUGUUUUGACGCGAAAACGCAUGAGGUGCACCACGAACAUUUAUCUAACGGCAUUGGCAAUUACGGAUAUUGCAUACCUGACCUUUCAAUUAAUUUUAACACUCCAACACUACGAUUAUGUGAAACAUCAUUGUGAGAUCUAUUGGAGGCUCUAUGGACUGUUUGUAUGGCUAUGCGAUGUUUGUGCAUACAUCUCAAUUUACAUAGCCGUAUGCUUUACUAUCGAGCGAUUUAUAGCGAUACGCUAUCCGCUCAAGAGGCAAACAUUCUGCACGGAAUCGCUGGCCAAGAAGGUGAUAGCUGCUGUGGCGCUGUUCUGUCUACUGUCCACGCUAUCCACACCAUUCGAGCAUAAAAUUGGCGUCGGCUGGAAUUUGAUUGAUGGCUCCUACAAGCCAUGCAAUCUGACACUGGCCAAUGUAUCGCCGAUACCCUCAAUGCCCACGCCGGCAACCAACGAUGACUCAAAGUCAGUGACCACAACAACAAAAAGUUCACGUCUCUGGCUCGAGAAGCCCGGCAACAUUGAUACGGAAACAGAGACGACUACAGAGAUGGAAACGGAUUUCGGUUUGAGUUGGGACACUGGUAGCGGUAACGGUGAUGAUGGUGAACCAGUGAACAUUCCACAUAGGCAAUAUCAACGUCAUGCAACACCCGCAUCUGUGGAUAUGACUGGUCCGGCCACCAAAGAACACGCACCAAUUGUGGUCACCGAAAGUUUAUUGCAAUUCUCAGAUAAACUUGACAAUGCCCACAUAAAUGAUACAUAUGCAUUUAAUAUCACCGAAUAUUGUCAGAAUACCACCGUGUAUAUGGAUCAAAUGACUUUCCUGGGUGAAAAUGAAAUAUAUCAAAACGUUUGGAGUCUAUUCACACUCGUGUUAUUCGUAUUGCUGCCAUUGCUCCUAUUGGCCACAUUCAAUUCGUUUCUGAUAUUGUUAGUGCAUCGCUCGAAAAGUGUGCGUGGUGAUCUAACCAAUGCCAAUAGCAUACGUCGUGCAAAGCGUAAGUCCGCAUCCGGCUUGACGGGCAGUGUAUCGCAGGAGAAUCGUGUUACCAUUACAUUAAUAGCUGUUGUUCUGCUCUUCAUUGUUUGCCAAUUGCCAUGGGCCAUCUUUUUGGUGGUGGAACGUUUUGUACCGUUUGAGAAUAAUAUAAAACGAAUCAUUGGAAAUGUAUGCAAUUUGCUGGGCGCCAUCAAUGCGGCAUCGAAUUUUUUCUUAUAUUGCGUGCUGUCCGAUAAAUAUCGUAAGACAGUGCGCGAACUGAUCACUGGCUAUCGUUAUCGCCAUCGACAUGGACGCAAUAAUACAAGUCUCUACUAUGUGCCACAUACAACAUUGACGCACAUCAAUGGCAUCGAUGGCAAUGGACAUCAUCAUCAUCAUCAGGGGGGCGCAACUUUGGCGAGUACGCGACGCAAUCGUUGCAGCAGCAGCAGCAACAACAAUAAUAACAAAUCAACAACAAUGGGUCGCUUGAUAUCAUGACCGAACAGACGACUGUCCCACUGACUGAUUGACUUUUGUUGACAUCAAUGCAGAAUGCAAAGAAGACACGAAUCGAACUAAUUAUAAAUCAAAUUGUUGUCCCGCCCUUUUCCUCCCCACACCCCAUUCACCCACUCCUUAGUUUAUGUGUGUUUAGCUGUACUUUCCUCCAUGUUGUAGACAAAGUAAAUUUGAUUUGAUAUUUACAUACGAUACAUUGUGCCAUAAUGUGAUGAUUAUAGUUUUAUAAAUAAGUUAUCCUAAACAUAAUUGUUGAUCUAGGCAUCGAAUAUAUACAAUAUAAAUAUACCUAUUAUAUAUACACAUACAUAUAUACUAUAAACAAAUACUGCAUACAAUACAAAAACAUAAUUAUAUAUAAA